GAUUCAACCAACGUGGUGGUUUACUAGCGAACAUUAAACCUAAACAUUGAAGCGUUUAAGACAAAUCUUGUGUAUAUUACCCUUUCUGUUUUAAACACAACUCUGUUUACAUAUCUACUCGUUCAUUGAAACGUAGAUUGCUUGUUAAAUGAGCUAAUGUGGUAAAUUGAUACUGCACGAGGCUAAUCGCCCGGAACAUGAGCUCACUGAUCUCGACGGAGAAAGAAGCUCUGAUGAAAGGAGAGGAAGAAGCUUUCAGGAUGAAAAGGGAGGAAGAGGAGGCUAUCACAUUGAAAGAACAAGAGGAUGAUAUUACAGUGAAAGAGGAAGAUGGGAAAGAGGUUGUGGAAGAGGAGGAGGUAGAAGCUUUCAGAAUCAAAAAGGAGGAAGGUGCCAUAACAUUUAAAGAAGAGGAAGAACCUUUUGGAGUAAAAGAGGAAGAGGAGGCUAUCUCAAUUAAAGGGGAGGAGGAAGACGUUUUGGGAGUGAAAAAGGAUGAGGCUGAAGAUUCGAUUAAGACCAGAGAGAGACAUGACUAUCGUGGAUCCUCUGGGGAGCCUCAACAACAUCCUGAUGCUGACGAGGCAGAGAAGAGUCUCUCCAGAUCAGAACACCAGAUGGACAACGCUAGCCCUUCCUCCCUCCCGGAGUCCCCGUGUCGUGCCUCUCCCGGUAGCACCUUACUGCUGGGUAUGAAGAGGUUGUCUGUGCUGCUGGUGGACUGCAGGAAAACAACGGGGCUGAGUGGAACUGUGAGAGGAGGAGAAGAGAUGAAAGGAUCAGAUUUGACUCAUCAAAGAGAGAGACAUGACUAUUGUGGAUCCUCUGGGGAGCCUCAACAACAUCCUGAUGCUGACGAGGAAGAGAAGAGUCUCUCCAGAUCAGAACACCAGAUGGACAACGCUAGCCCUUCCUCCCUCCCAGAGUCCCUGUGUCGUGACUUACUGGGUAUGAAGAGGUUGUCUGUGCUGCUGGUGGACUGCAGGAAAACAACGGGGCUGAGUGGAACUGUGAGAGGAGGAGAAGAGAAGAAAGGAUCAGAUUUAACUCAUCAAAGUAAGUGCUGGAGUUUAGUUUGAACAAAUAAAAUAGAUCUUCCCACUGGUAUCUGUGACCAGGACAACCAGCAGACUUCUGUUGGUUGACAGGAAGAUAGAUGGUGGAAAUGGAUGUUAUGAAUAUCAUAACACUGUCAAUGAAAAGAGAGAAACCAAUAGACCAUAUUAAACAUUGAUGAAAGUUAGCUUUAGAGAGAAAGUUUCAAGAUGAGCCAAUGUGAAGUGCGUGUUUUACAGAAACCUUUCCUUAAAACAUUAUGGAUGUUACAUUGCCUGUCCCAGUCAACCCCCCUAUCUUUACAAGACUGUUGAACAGGAAAACACGAUGGAGUCUUAAAGGAGGACUGUAGCAUCUAAUGAUGAAACAUUAUGGAGUCUUAAAGGAGGACUGUAGCGUCUAAUGAAACAUGGAGUCUUAAAACUUCUUAUGGCUAGCAGAGCGCGAAAUUCAAAAUCUUUUUUAGAAAUAUGUAACUUUCAUACAUUCACAAGUGCAAUACACCAAAUUAAAGCUUAACUUCUUGUUAAUCUACCCAUCGUGUCUGAUUUCAAAAGAGCGUUACAGCGAAAGCACACCAUAUAAUUAUGUUAGGUCAGAGCCUCAAACACACACAGCCAUUUUCCAGCCAAAGAGAGGAGUCACAAGAAGCAGAAAUAAAGAAAAUUAAUCACUAACCUUUGAUGAUCUUCAUCAGAUGGCACUCAUAGGACUUCAUGUUACACAAUACAUGUAUGUUUUGUUCGAUAAAGUUCUUAUUUUUAUCCAUCUCACUGCAAGUACUGUCAAAUCUGGUGCAGUUCAUGAGUAGAUGCAGUGCAGUACUUAACCCCCCCCCCCCUUUGUUCAGGGACACAUUAUUCCAUUUCAGUUCCGUCACAUGUCUGUGGAACUUGUUCAGUUUUGAAUGUUGUUGAAUCUUGUUAUGUUCCAAAAAAUAUUUGCACAUCUUAAGUUUGCUGAAAAUAAACGCAGUUGACAGUGA